GUGUUGACAAGUCCACUUAUAGGAGCCGAAGUACUUAACAUUUUUUUUAAACUAAAAAAAAUCAUAUAAAGUAAUUCAAAUGAUUCUGAUUCCUAUGUAUGUGACACACGCCUUUACCUAUCCUUGCGUUUUAAAAUACGUAGUGGCGAGACUGUCGAUAUCGACGAGAUAUUGCAACUGGCACACCGCUAUUGACUAGUAAGCUACUUCAUGAUAUUUUUCAAUGAAUAAGUUUGGCUAGGUGAUAAUACUCCUAUAGGGAUGCGAUAUAAGGGACACAAUUUAAGAUCUAUUUACAAAAGAAAAAUUUUUUACUCAGAAAAUAUUCAUUUUAGAAUGUUCUUUGUUCUACAUGUUCCUUAGACAUUUUUAAUUAAUUUUCUUUAAAGACUAUAAUCCUAGAGUUAUAGCAAAUACUAGUUAUCCGAGCAUCCUGUAUAUAGGUAACUACGUCUAAAUACCAAACGAUGAAAACUUUUUUUGCAAUCAUAAUAUAGAUAUUAAUAAUACCUUAGAUACAUUAAUACUUUAGUACCAUAAACAAACGCCAUGAAACAAAAACAAGCGACACGUCUAGCUCCCGCACGGGCUAUAGGUAAUUAUUGUCAGUCUGUGACUUAUAUCAUUCAUCUGUAAGCAUUAUAUACCCUAUAGGUGUCAAAGCCCUAUAUAUUAAUUUCAUUCAUUUACUCUUUGCAUUACAUCCAAAGAGAAAUUGAUUACAUCAAAUUAUACACAGAAUACUCUAAAAAAUACUAUGCCAUUUUUGCAUUUUGUUAAUAUGCCUAAUGCAAUCAUCUUUCUUACAACAGUAUGUUUGGUAAGAACCAAAAAACCGUUUAGCAAACAACUUGAAGCAACUUGGCGUCUAGAAUGUGAGUUAGGAAUUAUUUCUAAUGUAGACUGCCCUAUUGACGGUGGUUGGUCACCAUGGGCACCUUGGUCAGUUUGUCAUGGCACUUGUGAUAACGUGGGGCACCGAAAAAGACUAAGGGAAUGCAACAAUCCAUCUCCGUCUAAAGAUGGCAUGCCUUGUAGUGGUUUAGAUGAAGAAAUUGAAUCUUGUUAUUUAAACAACUGUACAACCAAUGAUUAUCGAAGAUUAGUUGAAGGAGAUAAUUCUAGAGAACAAGCACUAAACCAACUAGAAGCCGUGCCAGCGUUCAUGGAUAGAUGUCUGCAAAUGGAAUGCCCUUUUGAAGCAGUGGAAGUAGCUUUGGCGAGCGAAAACACAUGGCAGCUAAAUUCUGAAUCUUUGUGGAAUGCGCUACAAUGUGUCAAGCACGACAUUGGAUGUCCUGUGACAGGAGAAUGGGGAACGUGGGGGCCAUGGUCACUAUGCGGGGCGCGUUGCGGGAAAGGUCAGCGGUGGCGAACUAGAAAAUGCGAUACACCUUCUCCCUCUGAUGCUCAUUUAGUAUGUCCAGAUACUCCCCUGCAAAAUGAAGAAUGUGAAGGUGAUCAAUGUGCUAUUGAUGAAGAAUAUUCAGAAAGUAAUAUAAGUGGAUCGUGGAGUGAAUGGGGUGAGUGGACUAAAUGUUCGGAAGAUUGUGGAUUUGGAAUCCAACGUAGAAAAAGAACUUGCAUCGAAAAGCAUAUCUCAAAUUUUGCUUUAACUUGGGGGACACAUUGCCGUGGACAGUAUGACGAUUUACAAGUUUGCAGCAAUAAAAAAUGUUUACUUAAUGGCGGGUGGUCAGGUUGGAGAGCUUGGGGACCAUGUUCACAAUCUUGUGGAGCUGGAAGACGAUCGAGAAGCAGAUCCUGCACAAGACCAAUUCCCUCAGGCGAUGGAAUUGCCUGCCUUGGGCCAAAAGUCGAAGUAGGUACCUGUCAUCUAAUUCCUUGUGAAGUUUAUACCCACAUGAUUGGUGUGUUUAAUGGAGAUUCUUUUUUACAUUACUACUUUCCACGGAAACGAUCUACGUUUUUUCAUUUCUAUAUACGUUUUAUGCCACUUUCUCCCCAUGGAAAUCUGAUACGACGCGGAACACAGUACCCGCUUAUACGACUUAGUUUACUUAGAUGGCAUGUAUGUCUGGAUGUAAAUGGAAUACUAAAAUCUUGUAGUAUUCCUCGUAUGUGUUCUAACAUUGCUCUAGAACCUGCCACAUGGAAUACGAUUGUUCUUACAGUGACUAAUGAAGCCGCCAGCUUCAGAUUAAAUGACGCACAAACUUCAAUUCAUGGUUUGUUUCCUUGUGACCCAGAAUUCAAAAAUGAUGUAAUGAAUAUAUACCUUUGUGAGAGGUUUCAUGGCGAAGUUCAAGAGUUUAUUCUUAACUUUAUUCCUUUAAACAUGAUAAUUGAACGUGAAAGCAAAACUGAUCAGAGUGAUUUUUUUCCUAGUUCUGCAUCCAACAUGGCUUAUGAAAAAGCUAAUAUGGAAGAAGCAUAUUUAAAUAUACAAAAAGAUCAAUACUUACGACUGCCAUGUUCUCUUAUACAAGAAGAGUGGAAUUUAGAAGUAACAAUCAAAUCAAAAAGAGAUGGGGGCACUUUUAUUUUUGUACCUACCAGCAAUAAUAAAUGGUUCUAUAUGACUUUGCAAAACAUGAGAAUCAAAAUGAAAUUAACACACGAUGACUUCAAGUCGGAAGCUACAAGCUCAACUGAGUUUUUGCCAGAUGAAUGGAUUAGUAUAACCGUUGAUAAGAAAAGAGAAACAAAUACUAUAGAAGUUGCAUUAAAUGCUGGAGAACGUCUCCAUGUAUUCCUGAUAGAAGAUUUAAGAAGACAUCAAGAUACUAGUAAACGAUUCAGAUCAUGUAACACACUAAAAAAUGUGAUCGAUGAAAAACAAUCAACAAAAAAUCUUCAAUUUAAAACAUAUAAUAAUGGAACUAAACAAAUUGAAAUUUGCACAGACGAAUUCUUUGUUGGCGGUGUACCUUGGAACAUACAAAAUAGCUUAUUUGAAGACAUCACACCCUUUUCUGGAGUAAUAGCAUAUUUAAAAGUAAAUAAUAAAUUAUUAGACCUUCACGAUUACACUACUGAAAGAGAUAAAGACGGUGUUGUACAAGUAUCUUCGCGAACAGCAAGUAUUUCUGGUUCAUAUCACGAAACUACUUGGGGCGAAUCAAAUAAACUAAAUUUGACUUGCCUUUAUGCGCGGAACUCUAGAUCAUCUGCUGCUUAUUGGCUUUAUUUAGACACUGUGAUCAAGUUUAACAAUAAUGUACGACCUGAUGAUAAUGGCAGAGUAUUGAGAUUAAUAAUUGUGACAACCAAUAACGAUCCUAAGGGAUUUUACACAUGUCGAGUUCGUGAUAAUUUGCGAACCCGUAAUUAUGUCACAUAUGGGGUGCUGGGAAAAAUAAAUUAUAGACGUUCAAGGCCCGACACCAUUUCUGUAAUAGCUGUCUGCACAACUCUUGGUCUUGUAAUAUUUACAUUAGCGUGGCUUAUCCUAGAAGGUUAUUAUGACAUUCGUGACGGAUAUGGAUUUUAUCGGGAUGCACACCUCAGUCCAGAAGAGGAAGCCGAAGUAGUGUGUAAGUAUAUUGACCAGAAUAUGCAUUUAAUUGGAUCUGAAAGUGCUGUUAAUAUAGCUAAAGCUAAUGCAAGACGGAGAGGUAGGACACUUGCCAGUAGAGCAAGUUUCGGACUACAUGAACACGGUGUGUUAAACAUAGAAAAACACCUGGGGGAGAAAUUAAGUAAAUAUGUACCGAACGAACCUGAAAUAUCUCUACCGGAAAAGAAAAUUUUGGACAUAGGACCAUCACAAGAGGCAUUUAGAUGCGAGCCAACAUAUGUGAGCUCGCCGUGUCAUGGCUCAAAUAUAACUUCAUGCGGAGCAAAAUUAACCUCGUCUUCUUCCCCUAUUACAUCACCCAGAUUACUGUGCUCUCGACUCCUAAUGACGAAGUAUAAAAGUGUACACAAAGAGAGAUUCCAUAAAAAUAAAAGCCGUGGCUCAAAUUUACAUGCAAAAGAUAAACCUAGAUUAUUAACUAUAAAAUCCUCGGUGAUAUUUAAUAAAUCGCCGGUGCAAAAAGUGUUACAAAAAUUUAGUGAUUUGAAAAGUGUUGAUACAUAAGAUUACAAAAUGAAUUACAGACUGAGUUAGGAUAAAAUAUAGCCUUUAUAUUGCUCAAUAACCUCCACCUGCCAGCGAAAAACCUAUUAAAAUCGGUCCAAAGACAAGACAGAAAAACAGACAAACAAAAAUUGUAAAAUAUAACUAUAAACAGUCAAGAAAUCAGUUCAUCUGAAAUCGCAGACAUACACUUCCAUUUUUAUUAAUACUUUGUAAUGAUUAUUUAAAGUCGGUGAUAGUCCAGUGGAUAUGUUCUCUGCCUCCGAUUCGGAGGGCGUAGGGCAUACACCUCCAACUAUUCAGUUCAGUGCAUUUGAAAAAAUUAAAUAUCACGUGUCUCAAACGGCAAAGGAAAAUCAUCAUGAGGAAACCUGCGUAGCUGAGAUGUUCUAAAUUCUCUUACGUGUGUAAAGUCAAACCGCAGGUCAAAAUUAGGUCAGCGUGGUAGUGGUACUUAUUAGCCUAACCUCCCUCAUUCUGUAAGAAGACUCGAGCUUGACAGUCAGCCCGAAUAUGGGUUGUUAAUAAUGAAUGAUUAUUGAGGUUUAAUUAAAUAAAUCAUUAUUCACUAAAAUAAUUUUAUUUUUAUCAAAGUCCGGCCCAGCAGAUCUGGCGCACUCCGUGUUUUAGCGCAAACGUACAGGUACAUGGUCGCGUUACCCCAGGGUUGACUUGACAGACGC